UGCGUCUUUCCGCGUUGCUGAGUAUAUAAUUGGGGGUCUUAUUUUUGGUUUGUUUUUUGACAGAAUAACUUUCCAUUAAUUAUAUUCGAUCAAAAAACGUUUACUUGAUUCAUAUAUCAAAUGGCUCUCAAAUUCCACUCGAAGGAAUUUGUUAUCCUCGUCGUGAUUUUAUACUGCGCAUUCGACGGUGUUCUUGGUAUAUGCAAUGUAACACAUUGCACUGACGAAAAAAAGUGUUUAAAAUCACGCUACAAGCAUAGCUGCAAUUGUGCGGUGGGCUACUAUGGAGACCUGUGUGACAAAGAUGUAACCAUCGAUGUCACGUGUGGCAAAGACCACAUUACUGUCAUGGUGAUUGAGGACUUUUUCAAGUACCACAACGUACCGGUAGAAUUUAUUCACCUAAAAAGUAAUAGGUCUUGCGGUGCCUAUAGGGACGUAUUAUCUGGGAUCCCAUACUACAUAGUGCGGAUAUCAAAGGAUCAGUACAUUCCCUGUGGAGGUAAGCCCCUAGAGAAAAAUGCCACUGACAUUGCAUACACUUUAACUCUCCAGUCGGACCCUCAAAUCAUUGGAAAUAUUUCCAGAAACCCAAGGAUACAUAUUGAGUACACAUGCAUUUACCCAUACAAGCGCAUUGUCAGUCUUCAGCACCCUGUCAACCCUUUCUCCAGUGAGGCGGUGAUCGAAAUGGACAUGUUGAAGGCCAGUGUAGUGAUUGCACUUUUCAAAAGUGAACACUACAGAGAGGAGUACCAAGGCGCACCUGUGAUCCACCUCCAGGACAUAGUGCACGUGGAGGUCAAGGUCAGAGAGCCUGAGAACUUCUUUGACCUGAGGGUGGAUGAGUGCUGGGCCUCACAAUCCCCUGAACCUGACAAGACCGAAGGCAUCAUUCACAUACUGGUGGUCAAUGGGUGCGGGAGUGAUGGCACUGUUAUUUUUCACACUGAGGAGACUGAUGUGAAUGGAAAGGGCUCUGCUACCAGGUACAGCUUUAAAAUGUUUCGCUUCGUCAACGAAUUCCAGGACAUAUACCUGCACUGCAAAGUGCACCUGUGCGCCCCGGACGAACACUGCACCCCUGAUUGCAAAACAAAAAGAAAGCGAGCAGCCGUCCGUGGAGACCCAGCUCAAGGUGUACUGUCAUAUGGCCCGAUCAAAAUAAACGUACCAGACACUCCUAAAUAUAGUCUGUGGAUAAUGACUGUUCCAGUGGCUGGCAUCUGGGUCCUGGGUUUCUUCCUCCUUGCCCUAGUCACCAUGGCCAAGGCAGGAAAUAGACGAUUGUCACGGCUGGCAAACCGCUGACGUCCAACAACUUGAAUAAAAAAUGGAGAACCAAA